CCGCUCUUUCCCCGAUCCAUCAAAUACUGAAAAACCCCCGACUCUCCAUUAUCGUUUCAGAUCGAAGCUCGAAGAUUUCACCUUUUACUCGUCCUCUCCGUCGUCCUCUCUCUCUCUCUCUCUCUCUCAACCCUAGAUUAAUAAAUAUCCCCAAUUUUACCAAAUCCAGUGCUCUAGGGUUCUAUUCUGCUAGGGAUUCUUUCCCAGAUUCGACUGCAUCCAAACCCUAUGGAGUUCGAUUCAUGGAGCCGAUUCUCCGCUGCAUCGAGGCGCCAUCAAUUGACUCUUCAAUCUCGAUUCGAUCUGUACCUAGGGUUUGAUGAUGUCGAAGGAGGGGAGGACGAUUUCUGCGUGAAGUUUGGGUGCCCAUUCUAUGCUGAGGAUUUUGAUAUUGUUGGGUUAUGCUGUCAUCUUGACGAGGAGCAUCUUGUUGAAGCUAAAAAUGGGGUUUGUGACAUUUUGAUUUUCGACUCUUCAAGAUCGUGCUUUCCGGCUUUUCUCAAUAGUGCAGUCGAGAUCCGUGAGCAUGAUUGGGGUAACGUUGUGACCUGUCAUAUGGAUACUCCACAAGCUUACGUGUGGCGUCUUCAGAACUUUGUCCUUGGUGAACAUAUUCCCACACCUUCCACCGACAAGCAAACACAUGUUAAGGCUUGCACAAUUAGUGCUUGUGGUAAUUUUGCUAUUCUGGGCACUGAGGGUGGCUGGAUUGAACGGUUCAUUCUCCAAUCAGGGAUCAGCCGAGGCAGUUAUGUGGACAUUGCUAAAUCACAAAGUUGUGCUCAUGAUGGGGAAGUUCAUGGAAUAGAAAACAAAGGAAAAGAUGACACUGAAAACAUCUGAAGAUCCAUGCUUGUCGCUCUUUGGGAGAUUUACUUGUUGUGAAGAUUUAGAACUUAAUCGUCUCAAUAGAGACAUUUUGACCUUUUGAUUAAGUAGUAGCUCUUUGUUUUAAUCCUGGAGGAUUUGUGAUAUGUGCUUAAUUUGGUUAGUUUGUGUGUAAAACUUGUGAAGAAUUAUCUCAAUCCUAUUGUUGUAAUAUUGUUCUUCGUUGUAAUGAAUUGUUCAUUAUAUUAAGGCUAAAGUUUGGUUA